UAUUUUGAGGGUUUUAGUAGAUGAAUAAAUGGUGGACAACACUAGAGAGAGAGAGAAUGCCAGUGUAAGGUGUUUGUCAAUCUAUAGUGUGUGUAUACAGCGAAGAUUUCCUUCCUUCCAACAAAACGACGGGACACAAAACUAAUGGUGACAGUUAAGACUCGAGAACGAGGCCAUUUUACCCAUAAUGAAAACAAUCUGUUUAAAGGAUACAGGAAUAGAAAGGUGUUAUAUUUUAUCAGACUGUUGUUGUGUCGUGGGUUUGUCUCCAUUUUAUUCCCAGUGAGAGAGAUUUGGCCACGCUUUGGCUUUGUUGUGAUCAGGUAUUGAUCUAUUGGUUGGCAGUUUGACAUUUCAGCGUGGGAGUUAGUUCUAGGAUAUUAUCUCCCAACAUAUCAUUAACGAAGCGAGGCUUUCUGCUGAAAUCUCGGUUGGGUCCAGUCUUGUUUUGUUUUUCACUAAUGAGUGCUAAAUAAUUUAGGCAGUACUGCUGACUUUAAUUCCAAGAUGGACAUUAUUAUUUGACUUGUGUGAACCCGGGCAAGUUGUGGAAUGGCAGUUAUUCGUAGCCAUAUUUGAGCUAGGAAAAAGACAGCAGUCAACCGGGGAUUUUUCUAGGAAGGGAAUUAUCACCAUAUGGUGACAAACUUUUCACUCUGUCAAUGACAGAAUUUGUUUUAUUUUCAACCAGACACCCAUAAAUUCAUCUGAAGAAUGUUCUAAAAUGGAAACCUGUUGUCUAUAGUUUUAUGUUAAAGCUUAAUUCUCAUUGUCAGUGAUCAUUCUGUUAUCGGACGUCUUGUCAAGUGUCGUGAGGAAACCGAUUCUUCCAUAUGGUGUAGAAAACAGAUGCUAGUUUCGUCAUCUCGUCGCAUAAAAUUUGGGGACCAUUGAGAAACUCAGAUCUUUAGAUGAUGCAGAGUUUAAUUGGAUAAAUAUUUUGUGAUAUUUUUGUAAAAUGAGCUGUAAAUUAAUACUUAUAAUGCCCUAGUUGUCUUAUCAUUGUUCGUCAACAUCAGGAAAAUUAAAACUAAAAAAAAAAAAAUAUUUUCUCUUUCAAAUAAAAAGUGAUUUGUUCAUUGACUUUUAUUACUGUAUAUUUUCAUUUGAAAGAAAAAAAUCCCCAGAGAACAUACAUUCAUUCUGCUUAUAUUUUAUAAAUUAAAGAUUAUUUGUAUUACAUAUUGUCAAAAUAUUUUUUAUAACUGUUGAAUAUUUAGAGCCGAAAAGCUUCUUUGGGAAUUAUAAAUUUUACAUGACUUUGAUACUACAGUGAAAGUGAGUUGCGGAAUUCGUUGCUAGUUGGGACUUAAAAAAAAACAACAAAAAAAAACCAUUAAAUUUUUUAAACAUAUAUUGCGUCAAAUUUUACAUGAUUUUGAUACUACUACAGUCAGUUGCUGAAUUCGUUGACAGUUGGAACUAAAAAAAAAAUCACCCAAAAAACCUUUGGAAAGGGAUACAUAGUGUGAAAUAAACUUUCAAGAUUUAUUGAACAAGUGAUAUUUAGUUUUUAGUGAAUUUGUUAAGUUUUUGAUUUGGACGAUAAUUUCCUCCUUGAUGCUUCCGGGUGAUGUUUAUUAUUAUUCAGCCAAUUCCUGUGUUUUGUGUGUCACAAGAAAUACCGCAAAACAGAUCACUCCCAAAAAUUCGAGUUUGAAAUUAAAUCCCAACGCCAAUGUUUUUGAGCUCGGCAAAUCUCCGACAUCUCCCGACACAACAACCCCAGUUGACACGACGGUCGACUCGUCACCAACACUUGAUGAUAAUACAUACCCAAUUAUCAAACCUGACUAUUCAUAUGCUAACGGUGAUGUGACCAUCGAGUCAGAUGGGGGUGCACCCCCUUCCCCACCUCCCCUCCUCAUUGAGGAAUCCCCAAGCCCACUGGUGACCGAUGAUUACCCCAUGCAGGAGGAUAUAAUUGGGCCGGAACUGGUUCCUCUCAUCGAUGAGCCACCCCUAGAAAUUCUCACCGUAGCAGAAACUGCCAUCAGUGACAAUGCAUCUGUAUCCACAUUGUCAACCGAAGAUAAUGUUCCCAUUGAACCUGUACCGGAAGAUCAACUUCGACAGUUGCUUAAAACACAACUUGAAUAUUACUUUUCAAGAGAGAAUUUGGUACAUGAUACAUAUCUUCAGUCCCAGAUGGAUCCAGAUCAAUUUGUUCCCAUAGCAACAGUUGCCAAUUUUCCUCAGGUUCAGAAAUUAACCAGUGAUUUGGAACUCAUUAUAACUGUUUUAAGAGAAUCUUUGAAUGUACAAGUAGAUGAUAAAGGGGAGAAAGUACGACCAAAUCACAGUCGAUGUGUCGUCAUUUUACGAGAGGUUCCAGAAACUACACCAGUUGAGGAUGUAAAGAAUUUGUUCAAGGGAGAUAACUGCCCUAAAUUUGUGAGUUGUGAAUUUGCUCAUAAUAGUAACUGGUAUGUGACAUUUGAAUCAGAUGAAGAUGCACAGCAAGCCUAUCAAUAUCUCAGAGAAGAGGUUCAAAACUUUCUCGGUAAACCAAUCAUGGCAAGAAUAAAAGCAAAACCGUUAAUACGAUCUCAGCAGUAUAUUCCUCGAAACGGUUACAAGGCACAACAACAAUUCCCUGCCGACCCACAGCAAUCGUUCACUCCAGUCAACCCACAACCCUAUCCCAUGAUUACAACAAGAGUUCAAUAUAUCAACGGACAACAGCCUUUUUAUUAUCCCAUACAGCCAACAGUAGUUUCUCCGUGGACUAAUCCGACAACACCAACUUAUCUAGAUCCAGGAGCUAUGCUAGCUAUGAAUGGUUACCAAGCAACCAAUAUAAAACCCUCUCCAUCAACCAGUCGUCAUAACAACAUAUUUACCCCGAACAGAAAUAGAAAUCAAAAACCACAUCGUCAAGUAAACCAGGAGAGGAGUAGUUCGGAGGGUAGAUUGGUGUCAGAUCGUCAUCCUAAUUCUACGCCUAGAAUGAGUCCGCGAGAAAAUGGUCCUUCGACCCACAGUUAUACACGAAGGGUAGAUAACUCUACCAAUCAGUCACAUUUAAUACAUCAGGCCAUUCCACCACACGGAAUGGAUGCAAACGCCAAUAUAAUGAUGGGAAAUAAACCAGACUCUCGCUUUAUGAGAGGUGGUACUAAAGGUCAUAAACAUGGAAGUGGUAGAAGAUUUGAGGAAGGUGCUAAUUUAAAUAAAAAUACAUCCACAAAUACGUUUCGGCGGCCCCAGAAUAACAUCUUGGAUUCGUCUCUCGAUUUUAACAAAGAUAGAAAGAGGAAUUCUCCAUUUACCAAAGAUGGCCGCCAUUAUGAUAGUCAAUUUGAAUUUGAGUCCAAGUCAUUCCCUCCCCUACCAGGCUCUUCAAAUAACUCUUCCUCCAGUGAGUUACCAGAAAACAAGAUGUCUGAUGUUGUAAAAGGUGUCACCAGACCUUCGCCACAAGUUCGUGAUAUGAAAACUCAAACCUCUCUUAUUACUCGUUCCAAUACACCGCCUCCUCCUCCACCUCCACCAGCCCCUGUAGUAGCCCCUUCACCUCCUCGAGAUAUACCAGAACCCACAGCAAUCCCCCGGGCAGAACCAGUCAUCACACAACAGGUGACUGCCGAACCGGCUACACAAAAAGUUAGUAAAGCAACAAGCCCAAUAGAUUUGAAACCAAGUGAACCAGUUGUUAUAAAACAUCAACAACAUCAACAACAAUCAGCUCAAGCUGUUCAACAAAUUAAACCUCAAACAACAACAUCUGUAUCAUGUGUGUUACCCGAAGAAAAGGGUACAACCCCUGCCAGAUUAAGUUACGCUCAGAUGGUUCAACGGAAACAACAACAGCGGGAGCAGGAGAACGGUGGUAGCGACAGUUCCAGCCGAGACGAGAACGAACCACCACUGACGCCACCUGGGAACCAAGCUGGACAGACGCUACGUGAACAGUCGCAGUCCACCAUCAAAUCAGCGUCUGCCAGCGCUCGUGCCACUACACAGGAUAUCCGCAAAGAUUGGGAGCCAAAAGAACAGAGACAUCCCAACAAUAAUAGCAAUGCUAAACGAUCGAAGGAAAAUCGGGAGAAACGAGGACGAAAUCGGGAGCCAAGAGACUCAGUGAAAGUGUCUGCAAAGUGAAAGCGAUAGCUCGGAACAUACUAGUCUUGUUUUAACAUAAAACUGAUUUACGGCUAAUAAUUGAAGAGGAUUUUAUUAAUACGAUGGAUGUACGAUUCCUGAUGUCGGAAUUUCUACAUCAGAAUGUGAAAAACAAAAAAUAAUGGCAUACUGUUCAUUAUUUUUAUAGCUCGACAUAAUGUGUACUGUUGCCAUGAUACCAUAUAUAAAUAUAUAUAUAUAUAUAUAUAUGAAUACAUAUAUAAAACGCGAUUCAACAUCUUAAGACGUUUUAAUUUGAAAAGCUGAUCUCGGCAAAAAUCUAAACAGUGCAUUGUGGGAUGAUAUGUCAAAGCCUUCGUUUAUCCAGUCAAGAAGCUUUGAUCACGUAACGUUACAGCAUUGAAAACUUUGGAGACAGUUGAUGAAUGUUGUAGGUGCCGCUUCUUUUUUAAACGUAAAUAAUAUUUUGCGUUCUGAUUUUUUUAUGCAAUGGAUGGACGGCAUUAAGCAUUUCCUAAAUAUGAAAGAAAACGUGUUGCACAUAACCACACUAUUUUAGGGUUUACGAUGUGGUUUGGUACGGGAGGGUGGGUGGUCCACAUGGCAGUUAUCUGCCCUUUAAACUGACUUAAUAUGGGAUGGAUUUCAAUUGAUAUGAAUUGUUUGUGUUAAUAUCUAAAUAAAACCAGUGAGAUGGAAGGAACCAAAACCGAACAAUAUAGAAAUUAAGUGCUUUUUGACGAAAGACCGCGACAGAUGUUGGUUUUAUUUUAAAAACAAACUUUGUAAGAGUAGUGUUUCUGCCGUUACUACAGAAUGGAAAAAAAAUGCGGUAUAGCUGAACGUAGUCUCUUACUGGAUGUUCAAAAAGAAUUCUUCCUUGGACGUCCAGUGGAAUGUGUGUGUGUGGUAAUGACUUUGGUUGGUUUCAAGGCUUGUUAUUAGUAUUAUAUAUAGUGUUUACUUAUCAAUGUUCAAAUUAAAAAAAAGGCAUAUAUUUAUUUUAUUUUUCUUAUUAAAUGGACAUAUUUGUAUUUUGUGACUUGAAUUUCGUCUGCCAAGAGUCUUUGUAAUUGACAUAUUCCAUGAAAACGCAGAAGAUAUCAGCCCGUUAUGUCGUCUGUCUGCUGUGUUUUUUCUUUUCUUUUUUUUUUUGUUAUUUCACUCGUAUUUUUGUCUCGAAAGAUAUUACAACAACUCCAGCUCUGCUGCGGAUUUUAACGGCACUUUUAGUCAGCUUUCGUAUUUUUUUAUUUUUCUACCAAAAUUAAUCACGCUAAACAACAAAAUCGAGAAAUGAAAUGAAAUAUUAAGAAUUAAGUUGGUAGAAUUAUAAAUGAAUAAAGACAGAUCAAAAUAGUAACCAUAGAAACCAUGCACGUUUUUGAAAAAGUCGAUCUAAUGCAAAUGCAAUGGCACCUCACACAUGGAAAACGAGCUUAAGACCAGUAUUUGGAAUUAAAAGAAUUGAUAUAUUUGUGUUAUUGUAGCCUGGUUCAAGGUAGAACUAAAGUCAUUACUUGGCAAAUUGCGGUCCUCAAUUGACAGACUUAUUUAGAAUCAUUGAUUUGAUAGGAAACGAGACGAUAAUAGUUGGUGCUUUCUAUAAAUAAACCAGAUCACCGUAGCAACCAGUGUUUCGACCAACCACGGAAACUAAAACUAAAUGUUAAAAUCCCACUAGAGCUGUAGAACCUACGUGUAGCAAUGCAUAUUUUGUUUUCAUGUUUUCACGUCCGCAAACGCAUACUAAAACUUGCCAAAAAUAUUUAUAUAUGAAAAACCCUGUGAAAAGAAGAGAAGUUAAAAAUUAUUGAAUGGCCAUGUUUAAUCUUACAAAAUACUUACGUGACAAGUUUACACAGGGCUCCAUUCUAUGGUCUACAAUUACUGUCGUUUUACUGAACGCCGUUUGCUUGAUAAAAAUCAGGGGAAAGUCCAAGUUGAAACGUUAUUCAGUAAUCAACGGUAAUUCUACACUAUAAGAUUGUGUGUACUUGGUAUUUCUUGAAACAAUUUAUACAGAGAAAAGACAAUUCUCUGGAAUACAAUUAUUGUCUUUUUACUGAACGUUAUUUGAUUGUUAAAGCCUCAUGGAAACUUCACUCAGAAAUACCAAGUACCUGUUUAUUUCCAGUUAUUGAAAUUACUGUUUAUAACUUAACACUGUUUGAUAAUGACUAGAGAAUCCUAGUCGAAACAUCGCUCAGUAAUAAGCAGUAAUUGUAUUCCAUAGAAUUGUGUUCUAUUUAUUUCCAAUUCAGAUACUAAGUCGACAAUCUCUGUAAAUUAAUGACAAAUAUUAAUUUAUUUCAAACUGUUUUCAUUCUGACAAGAAUCAGCAGGUUAUUUCAUUGGACAACUCUUAAUAAAAGUCUGGAUUCCAUGUUUAUUUAAAAGCAGAUUUUUCAGCGAGAAAUUGUAAUUUAUACGGAAACUGUUGAAUAAUGCAACAUAACCGGUAGGGCAGACAACGUGAUUUUGUCUGAUUGAAAAAAUACUUUAUAAAUUGUUCGUUGUUUUCAAGCUUUUUGAUGGAUUAAAUGUGGCCAAUAUUAAUUUGAUGUAGGGGUUUUAAAAAAAAUAAUUGUGAUUAUUCUUUCUGUUUGAUAUCACAUGACACGGUCGUUUAAUCGCGAUUUGUUACAGCUUGUUGACGUUAACCAGAGUUUUUAAUGGUGUGCUCAACAUGUGCUGAUGUAUACGUGAUAUUCAAGAUCAGAGAUAUCCAAUGUUACCGUAUCUUGCACCACAACUCGGGGGUUUAAAUGUAGCCGUUUUCAGAAGGAUUUUCUAUAUUUAAUUUUUAGUUUCAAACCGUUGUUGGCAAAUUGUUUAAAUUUGUUUAGAAUCACCAAAAUAAUUAGGUUUCUACUGUCAGGUAGUUUAAAAGGUUCUGUCUAGAUACGGUGAUGAGUUUUGAUUUUAUAACUGUUUACUUUCCACUAGUGGUGUUGAGUAAUUAAUUAGUCUGUUAAUUAUUCAACACCCAAUAAUUUUUAACGAUUCUCAACAAAUUUAAACAAUUUGCCUACAAUGGUUUGAAACUAAACCUUAAAUACAGAAACACCUGCUAAAACAGAACAACUAAACGAUACACGAGUUGUCAUGUUGGAAAACCAUUGUUUCUCACUUAGUUGAAUGGAUCAUGAAAAUUUCUAGUUAAAAUGGCCUUCAAUAUUCGUUAUAUUUGUUAACUGUGAAAUAAUGACAUCAUCCAUUGACUAAAUGAAUAAUUAUUUGUUUCUAUGGUAACGCUAAUUCUAAGCUAGCUGUGUAAAUAUGCACGGAGAAUCCAUUAAAUAAUUGGGCUAACAAAUACCAGCGGGUGAUGGACCUGGAACUGAAUUGUCACAUCUUGCAAUUGAUGGGCAAUUGUCCAAGGAACAAGGGGGGUGGGUGGACGAAUGGUUAGCAUGCAAGCGCUGUAUCAUACGGUCUGUCAUUGAGUCAACUGGCGGGUUUUGAUUCCCUGGUUGUACGUCACAAGGAGUAGGGUUGCCUGCCCAACCUCGUGGGUUUUCUCCAGGUCCUCCGGUUUCCUCUCACUGCUAAAGACCCCUAUGCGCAAGCGAAUUAUUGAAAUAAAAUUGAACCAUGUGUUAGUCCCGAAAUGACCUAGUUUGUGUCGAGUGGACGUUAAACCCCAUUUCUCUCUCUCUCCAAGGAACAAGCAUGCCAGGGUUUCCUCUCACAGCUAAAGACCUCUGCGCAAGCAAAUUAUUGAAAUUAAAUUGAAUCAUAUGUUAGUCCCAAAAUUACAGUUUGUAUCAAGUGGACAUUAAACCCCAUUUUUCUCUCUCUCUCUAUCUCAAUUGAAGUUUAGAUCGCAUAUUAUUUAACAUGAUCGUGUGGAAUAAUUUUAUCUUCAACAGAUUUUCAGAUACAUGUUUUUUAUGUUCUUUGAAUUAUGCAUUAAUUUGUUAUUUUACAAUGUCUUUUAGUUUUAAAUUGAAGAGAUUUUCAUUGAAAAAGUGAUCGGUCCUUUUGUGUGAGCAUUUGUCGUAGUUUAAAAUCAAAGCGAUUUUCAUGUAAACGUCCCGUUUCCAGUUUGAGCGUGCACAAAAAGUCAACUUAUGAAUGAGUUUGAUCAUAUGUUACAAUUCCCAGCUUGAUCGUGACAAGGAGUAGAGUUGUCUGUCCAACCUCGUGGGUUUCCUCCAGUUCCUUCCACAGCUAAAGACCCCUAUGCGCAAUCCAAUUAUUGAAAUAAUUAGUCCCGAAAGGACCUAGUUUGUGUUGAGUGGACAUUAAACACCAUUUUUCUCUCUCUCUGGUGUAUGAUUGUAUUUAUUUUAAGCCUCAUGUUGGCACCGCCACAAUUCUUCGUCCAAGUUACACAUCUAGCUUAUUAUUUUCGUCCGUUUGUAUAUGUCUCUAUGUUUUGGGGGAGAGGCUCCGCGAAGAUAUUGUAACCAAAAAAAAUGAUAUCUUCAGUUCUCUCUCUCUCUCUCUCUCUGUUUUGCUGUUUGCCUAAUUUGUACAUAACAAUUUAAAACUGAAAUUUUUGUGUGGUUUGUAAAAUAUGUGUAAAUAAUGUAUUAAUAAUGGUAAUAAUUGAACCUGUUUGUUAUAUGUAUGAUUUGUUUGCGAUAGGUUGCUUUAAUUUAGAGGCCUGGUUUUUUGAAAAUCGUUCAUACUAAGGAAGUAUGAACUUAUGCUUAUAUACUAUAUAUGGUCAUCUUCAUUCUUCAAUUUCACUGUUCAGUUCUAAAAACAAAAAAGAACACUUCAUUGAAUCUGGCAAUUUUAUGUAUUGGAUUGUUAACAAAGCUCAAUAAAUUUCAUUCAAUCAAAUUCACACAUUCGAGACGACUUAAAGGGCCAUUAUGGGAGAUUAGAUAUAAAAAAACCCUGAUAAUUCUCGCUAUAAUAGUUAAAGAAUAAUGUAAAUAGGAUAUGCCUCUCUGAACCAAGAUACAAUGUAUUAGCUAUUGAAUUUUAGGCCUAGCCUUGAUUGUCAUGACUAUAGUCAGUAUGAUAAAAAAACAUAGUCUCGCUUAUCCAGCACAAAAUGUAUUCUAAUGUAGUAAACAUGCUCUGGAUAAGUUAAUUAAUGUGUAAUUAAUAAUUUAGAUAACAUUUGAGGCGUAAAGAAAGACCUGCAAUAGACAGAUUUAGCUCUUGCAUAAUGUAUGUUUAACUGAACUAUUGCUGCAAAGCCAUAGGUAGAGAUACAUGAUUACGACUUUUACAGGCUCAACAGUUUGUCUAUAAUUAAUAUAGGGUUUAAUCUUGAAUGAAUCAAAUGUUGGGUUAGAUAUUGAGCGAAUCAAAUUUAGGAUUACAUGUAGAUCUUGAGGGAAUCAAAUGUGUACAGUCUGAUCUUGAGCGAAUCAAAUCCAUGAGUUACAUUUUGAUCUCGAUACAUUUACAGACAAAUCCUGGCUUGGCCAAGCACAAUGCCCCUGAGGGUCUGUCAUUUUGGAUGGCACUGAUUCUUCCCCUUUUUUGGGUGAUAUUUUUUUAAAUUAAAUUUGUGAUACAUUACGGGCAGAAAGUUAGUUAAAAGUGCCCGGUACUAGUUCAGUAGUGAGUGGCUAACAUUUUGUGAGAUAAAACUAACCGUUUAUUUCCCCAGGCCUGCGUUCGAUACACUACAAUAUGUACUAUAACAAUAAAUGUAAAAUUGCCAGAUCCACUAAAUUAUUUCAUUCAUGAAUUUAUUCUUCAAAUUUUGAAAGAAAGAUAGAAUUAACAUGUCACAUUUUCAUCGUUUAAUUUAAUAAAUGAAAAUACGAUUCUUGAAUGGGAUUCAAAUAAAUAUUUUGUUUCUGUUCAUUGGUCAUGUAACCUUUGUCAUUUUGGUUUACCACAUUACUAUGAUAACUAGAUAUUGUAUUUUCAAUCAUGCGUUAGAUAUAUUUUCAUAUACACAUCAUAAUUGUUAUAUGUACAGGUUGCUAUGGUUAUGUCAUGUUUUUGUUUCCCUGGUUACAAAAAGAACCCCUGAGAUUCCAUUAUUUAGGAACAUCAUUAUGAUUAUUAAUUGGUAAAAAAAAUAUAUCAUGUUUCAAUGCUGAUUUAACAUAAUUAUAGGGUUAAACUAUUACAUUGUACAUUGUGUUAUUCAGACUUUUAUUUCUCGCACUCUUAUUCAAACAAAUUGAAAGUAGAUCUUAAAUUUCUAUUCUAGUAUAUUAGACUUUUGGAACAUGCAUGUAUGUUUUAAGCCAAAAAAAAGAAAUCGAUUUGAAAUACUGAUGGCAUGAAAUAGAAAAUGAAUUUUCUAUAAAUUUCUCUUAAAAUAAUAAUGGGGAAUAAAAACAUUGACUUCCUAGUGAUCACGAAUGGUUAGUUCUCUCUUCCUCUUGUUUCAUUUUAAUAAUAUGUUUGGUCAUAGUUUUCCAUUUUCUGCCCGUUAAUUAUUAUUAUUAAUAAUAUUAUUUUUUUUGUCAUUAGUAAUUAUGAAUAUAGAUAUAAGAAAAACUUAUGUUGACCUGAUUAAAUAAAUAAUUGUAUAUAUAAAUACGUAUUAUAUCACAUGAUAAUAAUAGCCAAUCAGAUCACAGUUUGAUCUGAUCUGCAGUACUGUUGUUUGUUAAUGAAUGAUGUCACAUAUUUGAAAUUUAAAUCUGUCUAUAAUUUAUCAAGUUCUCACUCUCUCUCUCUCUCUUUCUCUUUUUGAGUAUUGAUCACAGGGGCUUAUAUCGGAUUUAAAAAGCAUACAUGUAACAUCUUUGGACCUUAUUCGACAAAGGCCAUUUAACAUUGUCUAUUCAGUGAUUGGCCAUUUGUGAUUAUUUGUGAUUAUGGUCCCUGAAUUGCUUCACCGGUUGUUUACAAGUUUAAAUCCUUGACUAAACUUAUAGAUUCAGACUUUUGAAUCUAAAUUUGUUAGGGUUAUUAUUUUUUUUAAAUGACCAACUGGGGGAUUUCUGAAUCCGAAAAGAGUCUUGGAGUUAGAUUGCGGCAUUUAGAUAAGAUGUGGGCAAAAUACAGAGAUUCGAUAAUUCAGUUAAUUUCCUGCAGUGAGAAUUAAAAUAUUGUGAAUUGAAGCCUGUGUGGUCUAAAUACUCUCUCUCUCUCUUCUACCAGUUUCUCUUUCUGAUAACUUGACAAGAAAUAAUUAUUUUUAUACCCAGAAAAGCUGAUUAUUUGUAAAGCAAAAUGGAUAAUAGUUAAUCAAAGAAAUGAUCAAAUUCUCCCGCGUGUUGCUGCUGUAUAUCAGUUAAUAUUAUUUAUUGUAAAGGAUUAAUUAUUUGAACUUGAAACCAAUUUAAACAAAACAAACAAAAAAUCAGGAGAAGAUUUUUUAAAAGUAAUUAUUGACCAUUUUGCUUGCUUCUUUUUUUGGUCCUGACCCAUCGCCUCGUGCAAUAAGCUUUAAUUAUAUAUCAGAAUUAUUCUAACUGAAAACCGAAAUUCAGUUUUAAAACAAAACAAAACAAAUGUAUUAAUUUUUAACAAUGUUUUUCUGACAUGAUGUUGAUUAAAUUCUUAAAAAAUAAAAAAAUAAAUAUCCAAUUUGGUGUAGAGAAUUGUUAAGAUAAUAAAAUAAUUUUUUUGAUUUUGUCUGUUUUUCCGUGUUUUAUUGUAGCCUUGAAAAUAGAUGCUUGUCCCAAGAAAAUACCCUAUGAAUUCAAAAUUGAACUUGUCCACCACUACAGCUAAUGCUAAGGCAUUGAUUUUGGAUGAGUUAAUUUUAAUUCCAAGGGUGUUCAGCAUUGACCUCGACAGACAUUUAUGUUCAUUGUAUUGUCUUUUGUAUAAAUGGGAUUUUUUUUUUUUUUAUUGUACAUUUCAUUCCGAAUAAUUUAUGGGAUAUUUUGGUGGAGAAAGCUUGGUUCAUAUAGGUUGUUGUAAGGGUCAUUCUCUUAAGAAAAUACACAAAAAAGAAAAUAGAUUUUGUUCUUUUUAUGUGGCAAUCCACAAUUUAAAUAUCUUUAAAAGUUUUUAAAUUAUUGAAAAUUCAUGGCUCUGUAUUAUUGCAUUACAUCAACUGUAAAUUAUUCAGUUAAGCUUCAUAAUCUUGAGGAGUGGCUUUCUCACUUUACUAUCACUUUGUAUCAUAUUUCCGAUUGGCCAGUAAUUAUCUGAAUUGACUGCAACUUGUCAACGAUGAACAUUACCCAAAUAAAAAGGGUGAUUAUAUGGAAGCAACCAAGGGAGAUAAUCCCUUGCACUGGCUAUUUACAACUGAAAUGAAAAAAAUAAAAUUUUCCACCAUAAUUUCUUUAUAAAAACCAUUAACUAAAAUGAGCAAAAUUAUUUUUGCUAAAUUUUCAAAGGGGCUGAUUUAAUUGCAUUUCUUUUUCAUUAAAUUCUAUUUCUCGCCUUUAAUAAAAAUAUUACCAUAAUUUGUUUUUUUAUAAGAGGCAAGAAAAGUGAUAUUUGAAAAAAAAAUGUAAUGAAACAUUUGUUUUAAAAAAACCAAACAAUUGUCAACAUUAAAAAUGAAAAAAAUUAAUUGAAAAUAUUAAAUAGGACAGAGGUCUAGGCCAUGGUACCCUUUCCCCUAGGAAUACUGUAGUAUGUUAAUUUGUGUUGAUUUUCUUGAUUUAGUCUCUAGCUUGUCUUUAGAUUUUUUUCUGAUUUUGUUUUUAUCUCCAAUUUUUUUUUUUACUGCUUUGCUCUGUCUUUAUCAAUUUUUAUUUAUUCUAUAUUUUGAUAUAAAAUUCAGAACUGGAAUAAAUCAUUUACAUCAUCA